CCCCACCAUGCCUCUGCAAAAACUUCCAAUUCUCUCCCUACUUCUUUUCAUCGUCUCUGUCUCUGCGAUAGGGUUGGCCACAGUCCGCGAGAGCCAUCUCUGUGCGGGUUGUGAUUCUUGGGUUACAGAGGUGCCAUAUCUUACAAAAACACAACAUUCAAAUCUGGUCAACUGUAUGUAGAGGAACUCCUCCGACCUCCUCCUGAUGAGGCGCGCGGUACGGAAGAGCUCUUGAUCACUCGCUCUAUGAGGAUGUGGAGUUUGGUGAAGAACUGACAGGAUGGGAGGAAGUCGUGAUAACAGGGAAGACGUUGCUGCUUGUUUUUCUUCACCAUAGCAGCGGGCGGUAGAGAAGAAGGCGAGCCGGUUGAAGAAGAAGAAGAAGAAGAAGGCAUGGAGGAGGAGAUAAUGUGGAUACCGAUCUAUGAGCAGGUGAACGGGGAACUCAUCGAACUGGCCAGAUUUCUAUUGCCGCGGGGAAGAAGAGAUGGAUACUCCUCUUUGGCCUCUAGAGUAAGGAGGCUUAUCCAGCGAAUUAGGAUCCGAUCGGGCCAGGGAUUCCACAAGUUCUAUGGUCAUGAUGGCUGCAGUUCUCAUUUUACUGAAGGCGCCAUCAUCAAUCACAUAGAGAGGAGAUGGAUGAAAUUCAGGGUGAUGCUGCACUGUGUGAUUGUCCACCCGGGAACCCCACGCCAGAAUCGUCAAACUUCAAAUCGCUGACGAUGUCAUCGCGCAGAUGCCCAUUCCAACCAAUCGAAUCUUAUCUCCGCCUUUUGUGGUACAAAUCAUCCAUUUCUACUCAGCCUCUUACCGACAAGUGGAGCCAUUUGAGAGGAGGUAAAUUGGACUUUAAUCGCAGAUUGGCGUCUGCACUUGGUACUUGCAGAGACCCUAUGCUUAGCGUAGUAGCCUUCUAGCGCAAUUGCCAGGAAUCGAACUCGGCCUUACUCUUUGGCACUCACCGGCAUCAAUUCAAAUUAAGCAUACGGGAGAAUAUACGCAAGAGAAAUCCGCAAAACAAGAAAUACUCCCGACGACGGUCCCUCCCUUCCUUUCACCGUCGGCCAUGCGCGUCCCCGUGUUUUUCCCCGGCUGCGCCCAAGGCAUCUUAUUUUCCUGGCACCCCCGCGAUGUCAUGGAAGCUUUUGCGUAUCUAUGCUUCACAGAUCACACAUUGUGUUUGCUAUGCUUGGUUGGAAUUUGUGAUUAUUCGGUUGCAUUUAGCUUGGAAUUCAUCAAGAAGUGGCUUUAAUAUAUAGCUUGGAUUUUGAUUGAUUUCCACUGUGAAAAGGUCAAGUUCAUUAUUGAUUGUGUACAAGUUUUGUGCAUCUUCUCGUUUACAGGAAUUGGUGGAGACCCGGGGUAGGAGCUACUGCUAAUAAAACACUAGUACAUUU